AUGGUGAAGGCUGUCAGAGGUGCCCUCGUCAAGUGCGACGCAUCGAUCAAAGCCAUGUUGGUGGACAUAGAUAGCAAGAAUCGCAACGACUUCAUCAUUGAGGAGUUGGAUGAGGAACAUGUCCUGGUGAAGGAAACCAAGGUAAACGAACUCAAACAACGGUUACAGGAUAUGAUGAAAGCACGGCUCAAAGAACCAGAGACAUCUGAUUCCGAGGGUUGA